AUGACAGUCAGAGGCGCGACCCAGAGAGAGAGCCCGGAUGGCCAUGUUCUCUUCAUAGAAGAAGUUCGGAAACACCUAGGUGUGAGGGCCAACGCCGGCGAAAGUUCUUCCUUAGCCGAUACCAUUGAAGCCCGCCCCAAGGUCCUCCUCAUCGGUCACGAUAUGCAUGACGAUUUUCGGAAGAUGAGACAAGACGGCAUCGAUCUCCAAAAACACUUCCAGUACUCGGGUUGCGUCGAUACCCAGGUAGUUGUCGAGGACACAGGUGCAAGCAUGGGCAAAGGGUUGAGCGAUCUGAUGUCACACUACGGACUGGCCAAGCUCGAGUUCAAAAAAGUAGGUUGCCCCAGAAUGCCAGGCAAAUGGGUUUUUGUGGGCGCCCACUGCUCGGGCAACGAUGCCGUCGCAGCUUUGGAGUGUCUUAUCGAUCAAACCUUCGAUCUGAGCCUAAGGACACCCGGCGACAAGGACUCCGUAGGCCUGGAAGAUCUGCCUGAAGACUGGUUGAAGAAGCCUCUUCAAGUCGUCAACCGUACGAGCGAGCACGGCUUCGCAUGGAUGCGCGUCGCCGACUUUGCCCAUAUUCCGCCCGGAGACCAUGGGCAAAACUGGCGUUCCUUUAUCCGCGCACGACACUGGAUAAACCACGAUUUCCGCAACUUCUCGAAUUGGUUCUACUGCAUCGGCAAUCCGAAAGGCUUCUGGCCCAAGUAUGGCGAGUCACAGUAUUACCAUGUGUCGGAGGGUCCGGCCCCGUUCCAUAAGCUAUUCGAGGAGCUUGCAAAUGCCACUGCUGGCGCUUCCGAAGGGUUUGAUACCGUCGAAGAAGUCACAGCGAUGCUCGAGCAGACAACACUCGAGGAGGAGCGCACACCGGCCGGUGGACGUAACAUGGCCAUUACCCGAGGCAAUGCGAACAAUGUUAGAGGAGACAUGACCAACAGCAGAGGCAUGCAGCCUCCCUUCCGAAGCAACGCGAAAAACAUCGGGGAGGAUACCGCGGCGAUUAGAGGCAAUGAUUCAAGCUGGGCACAGAUUGGUCAAGGCAACGAAGGCAAGAAAAUCCAACAGCAAAGCCAGUGA